GGUGUUUGGUUUUUGGUGAAUCCCAUGUCAUAAUAUCGGAACAAAAUAAAAGACCAAGAAAACAAUGGUUUGCCCAUUCACCGAAUGGCAAAUUCCUCUUCACUGAAGAACCGUUACACAUUAACGACUUUAUUGUUCAUUGUCUUGUUCCUCUUAACCAUUUUCCUCUUCAGCAAACGCGCUCUCGAGCCUUCUCUUUCACUUUACAGAGAUUUCUUUCCACAAACUGCUCUUCAACUUUCCAUACCGAAUUCCACUGAAGAAUCACUGACCCGCGAAGCAAUACCUCCAAUUUCUGUCGGAGAAGAGAAUGAAAUCCCUAUUUCUGAUUCUGAGCUCAUUGGCGCAACCACCCUCCAGCCAAUAUCUCCAGUUUUUCCAAAUACAACGAUAGAGACAACAGCUUUUCCAAAUACAGCGAUAGAGACAACAGUUAUUCCAAAUACAACGAUAGAGACAACUAAUGUCAAGGAGAUUUCUAGCGAAAUAAGAGAAGACCCAGUUUCUUAUUCUGCUCUUGGUAAUAAUAGCGCUAUUCAAAAUGGCAAAAACUUAACGACAGAGUCAACUAAGAGCGGUGAGAUCUCUCGUGAAGACAAGGAAGAUCCGGCUUCUGAUUCUGCUUCGGAUAACAAUGCGGCAAUUCAAACUGGUAAAAAUUGUGAUCUGUACAUGGGAACUUGGGUGAAAGAUCAGGAAUACCCAAUUUAUAAACCGGGUCAAUGUCCUUAUGUUGAUGAGGCCUUUGAUUGCGAAAUCAAUGGAAGGAGAGAUUCUGAUUAUCUCAGCUGGCGAUGGAAGCCUGACGGUUGUGAUCUUCCUAGGUUUAAUGCAACAGACUUCUUGACAAGAUUGAGAGGUAAGAGGCUGAUGCUGGUUGGAGACUCCAUGAACCGAAAUCAAUUUGAAUCAAUUCUGUGCAUGCUCCGAGAAGGCCUUCAUGAUAAGAACAGAAUGCGUGAAAUCCACGGCCACAAAAUAACAAAGGGAAGAGGUUACUAUGUCUUCAAAUUUAUGGAUUAUAACUGUACGGUGGAGUUUGUAAGGUCACAUUUCCUUGUAAGGGAAGGGGUUCGAAUAAAUGAACAAAGAAACUCAAACCCAACUUUGUCCAUUGAUCGAAUUGAUAAGACAUCAGGCCGCUGGAAGCGAGCAGACAUUCUUGUUUUCAAUACAGGGCACUGGUGGACUCAUGGAAAAACUGCACGUGGGAAAAAUUACUAUAAAGAAGGUGAUUAUCUCUAUCCUCAGUUUGAUGCAGUUGAGGCUUACAGAAGGGCUCUGAGAACCUGGGGAAAGUGGAUUGACGAGAAUGUGAAUCCUGCGAAGCAGUUGAUCUUUUAUCGUGGAUAUUCAUCAGCUCAUUUCAGAGGUGGGGAUUGGGACUCAGGAGGGACGUGUAAUGGGGAAACUGAACCGGUAUUGAAUGGGACAAUUCUGAAUAACUAUCCUUUGAAAAUGAAGAUAGUGGAGGAGGUAAUCCGAGAAAUGCAAAUCCCAGUGAAACUAUUAAAUGUGACAAGGUUGACCAAUUUUAGGAAGGAUGGACAUCCAUCUGUCUAUGGCAAGAAUGUCACAGCGGGGAAAAAGGUUUCCACAAGGAGGCAAGACUGCAGCCAUUGGUGUCUUCCGGGGGUACCUGAUGCAUGGAAUGAGCUGAUAUAUGCGAAUCUGGUUUUUGGACAAACAGUUUCCAAGAUUUAAGAAGAGAAAUACUAUUCUUUUUUCUUAAAAAAAAAAAUAUUUUUAACAGGAUGAUGUAUACUAGUGAUUUUCUCAUGUAAUUGACUGAUGGUUUUGCAAAUCAUCUUUUGACAAUGAUCGUGGUUGGAUGAUGCAUAUGCUUGUAAUUUGUUAGGAUCAUGUCAAAGCGACCCAAAUCUAGAAUUAUGGAACUGUUUGUUUA